UGUUCGACACUAGCGCUUCAUGGCUGUUGGCGGCAUGAUUUGAAAUUAAAUUUUUGACAUUUCUUAUAUGAAAUUGGUAUUCUCUAAGCAAAACAGCCUUCAGCUUCGACUGCAGCCUCGGCGUACGCUUACAACUUUUUAUGUCAAACAAAAAGCUUUAAUUUCGUGGCUGUAGCACGGCUUUAGUCAAGAAUUUCAAGUGGUUAAUUCGUAAAUUGUGGCCCUUCCACUUAAGAUUACCAUUAUGUUAGUUUGUGUUAGUGAUUUUGAAGUUGGAUUACUCCACCGGAUUACUCUGAAUAUAAAAUGGCCGCAAGAGUCUUGUGUAUAUUAUACCUUCUCGAAGAGGCUAAGAGACGCGAUGAGUUGGAAAAAAGACGCCAAAGUCGCAGAAUACGAAACCUUCGGCAAAUAUCAUCCCACCGCGACUACGUCCUAAAUUUCCGACUCACCAGGGACCUCAUAUCUGCAUUGGAAGGAGAUCUUGUACCAUUACUGCCUCCACGAGUACGACGUGGUGGUCUCAGUCAUCAUAUUAAGAUUCUAUGCACUCUAUCAUUUUUGGCCACCGGAAGUUACCAAAACAUAGUUGGAAAGUCACUUUUCAACUAUGUUUCACAGCCGUCUGCUAGCCGGGCUAUUCGUUUAAUAGUCAAUGCCCUUAAUCACCCCAACAUUGUAAAGAAAUACAUAAGAUUUCCACAAAAUCUAAAUGAAAGAGAAAUAAAAAAACAAGGAUUUUACAAUAAGUUUAAAAUGCCCGGUGUAAUUGGCUGUGUUGAUGGGACUUUGGUGGCCAUGGUUCGACCUAAAACAAACGAAGACCGAUACUACUGUAGAAAAGGUUACCAUGCUAGAAAUGUUUUAAUUAUAAAUGACUGUGAUCUCAAUAUACUGCAUGUGGACGCUACAUUUGGAGGAGCUACACAUGACAGUUUUAUAUUUAAUAACACCGUUAUCCAGCACCACCUAGAACAGAUAAAUAAUGCAGGAGAGACAGCAUAUUUGUUAGGUGAUUCUGCAUACGGACAGAGGUCCUACCUGAUGACCCCAUGUGCCAACCCCGAGCCUGGUUCUCCAGAAGAAUACUACAAUACUGUGCAUAGCACAGCAAGAAAUAGCGUAGAGAGAACCAUAGGAAUUUUAAAAGGCAGAUUUAGAUGCCUUCUGGUUCAUAGAGUGUUACACUAUGAUCCAGAAAUGGUUUCUAAAAUUGUUAUAGCUUGCUGUGUUUUGCAUAAUAUUUGUAACAGAGCUGGAUUACCAGCCUUCGAGUUACCAUAUAAUUUGCAACAUGAAGAAAUUCGGUUGCAAAGUGAGAGUCAUCACGUAGAGCCUGCUGCAUCUGUAGGCGCUUUGGAGCAUGGUCGCGCUUGUCGCCGGCAACUUAUAAAUAUAUUAUGGCGUGGAAGGCGAUAAAUAUUUAUUUUUUUGCAUGUCUUAGUUAAGGUAGUUAAGAAAUAGUAUUUAUUGAAAUGUUCAUUUUAUUUUAUCAUUAAACUAUAAUAAUAAUACGUCGGUAAACCAACAAUGUCAA